GUAUGCUGCUUUCAUCCUACACACACAAGACAGAGAGAAGUCAACCACAGGGCCCAGAAAGCUCUUUCAUCCGCAGCAGAGAGUAUAAACUUAAGCUGCAGGCACAUUUGGAGACGGCUGCCACAGACAAAUUUGCUUCUGUUAUUACCAACUGUGAGAUAACCUCGACAUGGCAUGUGGCAAAGAGAUGCAGCUGUUGUUUCAUUUUGUGUUGGUGCUGUCAGUCAUUCUGACCUCAGCUCUGACAACCUUAGAUUCAGAGCAAGAGCUGCAGGACAGCGGCUUCGGCCAACCGCCGCCUCGCCACGGUCUCAAGCUGCUGGCGUGGUACGUUCAAAAGUGCUUGGACAACAACAUGGUGGCUCUGUGUGAUCCCGCUCUAGGAGAGUACGGAUUUCAUGUGUUUCUGAACCGAGGGCCCAGGCGUCUGCUUCCGGUGAUAAAGGACACAAAGCAAUACCAGUACUACACCAUCGGAAACCUCAACGCCCCUCACGCCAAAGACCUACCCUAUGAAGUCAGAAAGUACUACAACCGGAGCGAUCCUGAAAGCAACAAGGACAGAGUUUUGGUGAGAUACAACCACAACAAUAAACAUGUCGACGAGAUCUACGCGUCUGCACAUUACGAAGCAAAAGAGACGUACAUAAUUGGCCCCAAUCUUUUCGAUGCUCUUCGACAUCCAGCAAUCCUCAUUAGCAUAGAAAUGUGAUGUACGUCUGAGGCAAAAUCUCUCUGUGACAUCUUUAAUAGCUCUGUGACUCUUCAAAGAAGUCCUGAUGGAAAUUCAAACAUUUUUUAAUCAAUCUUGAUUGACGUAUUUGGCUGCUGCUUUGCUUUGUAGUCAGAAUGAAAAAAAAAGUGCCAGACUACUGUGCUAAUCUUAUUUUAAGGCUUGAAUAUGACUCAGGAGGGUUUGCAGUCUGUCUGCUUGUAGAAUACACAGUAUAGAAUGCUGUGGAGGAAGUUUCUUAGACCAAUAAAAUAAGCAUUCAAAU